AUGGCAGUAGUUGGUGUUGAGAACAAGGAUACUUGGAGAUGGUUCUUGAUGAUUUUGAGAGAGGAUUUGAACUUAGGAGGAGGUUCCCAGCUUACUAUUCUCAGUGACAUGCAAAAGGGACUUAUAGCUGCUGCUGAAGAAAUAUUACCUGAAUGUGAGCACAGGAUGUGUGCUAGACAUAUCUUAGCAAAUUGGUCACAAAACUGGAGAGGCAUAGAGAGAAGGAAGAAAUUUUGGGCUUGUGCUAGAGUAACAUUUGAAGCAGAUUUUAAGUACAAGCUUGAUGGUCUAUCUAGGUUGGGUAGAGGUAUUGUGGAGGACCUUAUCAAGUACAACAAAGAGAGAUGGUGCAAAGCAUACUUCCAAACUUUCUCCAAAUGUGACAGUGUGGAUAAUAACAUGGCAAAAAGUUUCAAUGCAUGGAUCUUGGGACCAAGGCACAAGACUAUUGUUUCAAUGUUGGAAGAAAUCAUAAUUAAGGUGAUGAACAGGAUUCCUAAGUCAAAAACAUUUGCUGAAAGCUGGACAGAUGAUGUAUCUCCAAUGGCAAUGAUGGCGUUCAAUGUCAAUGCAGAGAGAUCAAUGCAAUGCAACAUUGAUUGGAAUGGUGAUGAAGGGUUUGAAGUGCUAGAAGGGUCAUAUAGGCAUACUAUGAAUUUGGGUCAACAAAAGUGUAGCUGCAGAUCAUGGGAAUUGAAGGGGAUCCCAUGUGCUCAUGCUAUUGCAGCUAUGAACCAUUUGAACAUGGAUGCAUCACAAGCAAUUUCAAGCUGGUACAGAAAAUAGAAAUAUUUGAAGGCUUAUUCUAACUUCAUUCAGCCAGUUCCAAACAUGAAAAUGUGGCCAGACAGUACCAAUCCAAUUGUUGAGCCACCUGAAGCGAGAAAGAUGCCUGGUAGACCAACUAAGAACAGAAAUAAAGAGAUUGGAGAAGUGAGAAAAUCAGGGAAGUUGCCAAAGUAUGGGAUAACAAUGACUUGUUCAAUCUGCAGAGGAGCCAAUCAUAACAAAAGGGGUUGUCCAAAGAAUCCAAUGGCUAAGACAAAAUCAAUAACCACACCACAGGUGUGUUGCACCCUCACAACAGUCCUGUAAUGGAACUAAGAGAGGUAGAGGUCAAUAUGAAAGGGGAAGUACUAGCAGUAGAGGUGGAGGAACAAGUAUUGGCACUAGUGGUAGAGGAACAGGUGCAAGAAGUGGUUACAAGAGCCCAGGGGUUGUGGGACAAGGUGUAUUUGUUUCUGAAACUGGAUAUACUGUAAUUAAUGUAAGUGUCAUCUUCUUAAAUUGUUAGUCUUGUGUUUUCAAAAGUGAGCCAAAAAAAUAACCAAGUCUUCUUUAUGUUGCACCAAGGUUUGCCAAGCAAAAUGAGGGUCAAUACUGGUGUGAGGAGUUCUGCACAUGUGACUGGUGAUAUUGGUUAUCAAUCAACCAAAGGACUGAAGUGGAAAGGCAAACAAGCUGUAACUCAAAGAGAACUUUCGAGUCCAAAAUGCUGUGCAUCGCAUUCAAACCAGAUCAAAAGCUGUUGGGAUUCAAACAAGGGCACAGGCCAAGGCUAAGUCACACUCAAAAGCUGCUAAGAGCAAAGUUCCCUCUAAGAGUGCAAAGACAAAGGCAAAAGCUAAGGGAAAAUCUCCUGCAAAGAAAGCUUCUUAGUUCAUGUGUGGCUAGUGAAUGUUACUUAGACUUCGACUAAUGGUAUUUUAGGUGUUUGUAGUUGUUGUUGAACAAACUUAAACUUAUGUGUUUUUUAUGUUGUGAAUUUUG